AUGUCCAACUCAAACGGUCAAACCGCCGUCCGCUCAAGAUGGUCUCACACUUCUCCCACCCUCUGGAUGACUUGUAUCGUUUACGUUUUCGCCGAUGUCUUUUACGGAUAUGACUCUGGUAUGUUCAGUUCUCUACAGGCCCUUCCAAGUUUUCUGGACAAGUUCGGAGCAAAGAUUGGCGGGAAGCAGAAAUUGCCCACGAAACAAUCUUCCAUCAUGAAUUCUGUGGUUUGGGCUGGGAAACUGGCAGGAGCCUUGUCGGUAGAACCCAUGGUGGAACGUUUGGGUUUCAAAAAAGCAAUGGUUGUCCUUUGCGCCGUUCAGUGUCUGGCGGCUAUCAUCGAGCUUGUUUCUCCCAACUGGAAGGUGUUCACAUUCGGACGUUGUCUCUCCUACGUCGCACAAGGUAUAGCAGAAAACGCUGUGCCUUCAUACACCAGUGAUAUCGCUCCUGCUCCUGUCCGUUCGACAUUCACCGGUUCGCUCACUUUCUUCCUCGUCAUCGGUCAAUUAUGGUCAAACUUGAUGUGUCGAGCCUAUCGAUUGACACACGAAUCAAAAGGAUGGAAAAUUCCAGUGGCUAUGCAACUCGUUCCACCCAUUAUCAUCCUAAUUGGACUUCCUUUUACACCAGUGUUAACCUUGACAGAAUCACCUCGUUGGUUGACCGCACAUGGGAGAAAAGAAGAAGCCCUAGUGGCUCUAAAUCGAAUUAGACCUGCGCACGAUGUGGCUAACGGCAACACUGAAGCUGAAAUCAAUGCCAUCGACGAAGCCAUUCAAGAGUCGAACGUCAAGGAUCGAGGAACUUGGCUUGACAUUUUCCGUGGAACAUACCUUAGAAGAUCAUUGAUCGCAAUGUUUAUGUUUAUCGUUCAGCAAGCCAACGGUACUCAAUUCAUUCAAAGUUUCGGUGCCACCUUCUACAUCUCUAUGGGAUACGGUGAUAUGUCCUUCACCUACACCAGUAUAACUUCCGCUGCCAUCAUUGUGGCUUUAGGUUGCGCUUUGUAUUUAUACGACAAAAUCGGUAGACGACCAGUGAUGAUUGUCACUUCAUUCAUUCAAUGUCCAUUGAUCCUCACCGUCGCCAUUGUCGGUAGUGCCAAACAUCAAACCAGUGCAAAUGUACAUGGUGUGGUGGCUUGUAAUAUCCUUUUCACUUCUUUCGCUAGAUGCGCUACGGAUUCGCCUUCAUAUAUUAUCAAUUCGGAGAUUGGUGGUGUCAAAUUGAGAAAGAAGAUUAUGGCUUGGUCUACUUGGUGGCAAGUUAUAGCUGCUUUUACUGUCAGUUAUGUCAGUCCGUACCUACUCGCCUCUCCCGGUCUAGACCUCGGAGCAAAAGUCGGUUAUAUAUUCUUCGUCAUUUCGUCAUUGGGAUUCCUCUUUAUCGUGUUUUGUGUUCCGGAACUCAAAGGUCGUUCCCUCGAAGAAAUCGACGAAUUAUUCGAACAACGUCUAUGGGCAUGGCAAUUCGAUAAAGCAGUCACUUCCGGUGUCGGUGCACGUAUCGCAGAACUCGAAGGUGCUUACGAACAUCACGGAGGGGAAAAAGGUCGCGAGGAAGGAAUCGAGAUGGGACAUAACGAAGAGAGUUUGGAUCAAAAGGUUGGUCCUUGA